AUGAGUGCUGACAUGGAAGAUUUGAAGAAAAAGUACGAAGAGCUAACUCGCAAGUUGGCUGCAAAGGAUGAAAAAACCCCUGCUGCGGGGUUUAUGGAUAACACCGACCUGCCUUUCACUGAUCGAGUGUUAGGUUUCCCUUUGCCUGAAAACUUCAAGAUGCCUCGCGUCAAGGAGUUUAACGGUAGUGGCGACCCUUCUGAACAUAUGGAAAGCGUUCGUGUUCACUUUUCCCUUCAUAGGUUUCUAGAUGAAAUAGCAUGCAGAAUCUUUCCUCUCACUUUGGAAGGAGUCGCUCAGGACUGGUUUGCCAGAUUUCCUGCCAAGUCUGUAGACAGUUUCAAAGAACUUGGAAGCCACUUUUUAAGCCAAUUCCUGGCUACCAAGAAGAGGAGGAAAAACUCGGCUUGCUUACUGUCAUUAUGUCAAGGGAAGGAAGAAAGCCUGAAAGAUUUCAUGCAUAGGUUCAAUAAAAAAAAAUUGUUAGUGGAUAACCCGGGGGAUCAAACUGUAUUAUCCGCUUUAUGGCAUGGAGACAGGCCAAAUGGGCCUUUAAUGGCUGAAGUAUCAAAGAGUUCGAUAGAAAUAACUCUUCUCGAGUUUAUCGUCAAGACAGAGGAGUAUAUUAAUCAGGAGGAAAUGAUUAAGGCUCUCACGAAAGGUCAGGAGGAAGAAGACCAGGAGAAGGAGGACGCCAAAAAAGAGAAGGAGGACGCCAAAAAUGAGCCACCUAUAGCAUUUGCUCCAAAGGAAGAAAGGUUUCAGAAGAGAGUAGUAAAGAAGGCUGUACCAUCAUUCCCAAAGACAGAAACCCGGCGACGUGAAGAUCGAAGGUUCACACCUUUGAAUACCAGGGUCAACAAAGUGUUUAUGGAGAUCAGAAGAGACCCAACUUUCAGGUGGCCGAGUAAGUUGCGGGGUGAUCCGAGGAAGCGAGAUUGGACGAAGUUUUGUGAGUACCAUAAUGAUCACGGGCAUUUGACGGAAGACUGUAUAACCUUGCGACAGGAAAUUGAAACUUUCAUUAGAAAUAGAAGGCUAGUAAGAUUCCUAGCAGGAGAAAGGAACCGAGACGCGGUUCACCAACAACCCCUUUUGUUGGAUGCAAACCGAGACGUAGGAGGACGAGAGCCGAGGCGUGAUCGGGAUGAGGGUCCCAGAGAAGAUCUGAGACCCCCUCGGGAUCAAGAAGUGGUAGGAGAAAUCUACACUAUUGCCGGAGGAAUAGCUGGUGGAGGACAGUCUAAUUCGGCCAGGAAAGCCCAUGCUAGGAAGACACAGGCCGAGGAAGUCUUUAUAGUGCAGAGACCGUCCAAAGUUGCAAGAAAGGAUUCAGUGAUCCUUUCUUUCGCUGAAGAAGACGCUAGGGGGGUAAUGUAG